GUAGAGAUGAAGACUAAUGAGAUUUAAGAAAACUUUUUUUUUAUAGAACUUGAAUAAUUAAUAAUAUAAUUAAUUUACUAUUUUUCGAGGAGUAAAAUGAUAAAUUUUAGAAAAUUUUGAAGGAUAAAAUUUUCGUUGCUAAAGAGAAGACAAAAGUUUUCAUUUUCUUUCGUCAAAUCGAUGAUCUGUUUUUAAUUAGAACUUACUAAUUAGUCUGAUUUCUAAAAAUUGUAUUACCUGGGAUAACUUCAAGUCCGAAUAACUUGGAUAACCUUAAUAACUUGUUGUACCUUUUACUUACCUUCCCUCUUUCUACAUUCCUUUUAUCUCUUACCUGUUCCUCUGUCUGUGUCUCUUUCUAUUUUCACCUUUUCUUUCUCUCUCUCUCUCUCUCUUCCCUCCCUCUCUCAUCAUCCUCAUCAUCUUCUUCUUCGCCGUCCACACCUGUUGUUUUUUUUUCUUUUUUCAAAAGUAAUUGAGGUCGCCAUUAGAUCCUCGUUGAUCCUCGUUAAGUUAACAACUUUUACCCAAGUGAAAAGAGGAUUUUGAUCAUUUUCAGUUCUAAACAUUUGACUUUUUCGCUAAUCAGUUAAUCACUACCAAUAUGGAUAACAGUAAUUACCUUUCUGGUCAAUAUUUUGAUCGGACAUCAUCAACAGUUUCAGAUAAUCUUGUUUGUGACAAUCAAUAUUAUUCAGGAUACACUAUUGUUAACAAUCAACAAUUAGCUGAGCAGCAACAACAUCAACAAGUUUACCAAUUUAAUCAAAAUGUGCAGCAGCGUCUUAAUCCUCAACAUCAAAUACAACCCCAACAACAACAACAAUUAACAAAUCAUUUGGAUGGGAACAAUUACAAUUAUGUUUACAAUCAAGCAGUUAUGCCGACAACUAAUUACAACAAUUAUCAGUUAGUUAUCAAUGGCGAUGCUAACGACAAUCCCCAUCACCAACAACAUCAACAACAAUACAACUCCAAUCACAUAGCGACCACAACCACAGGCACAGGCACAACCACGACCACGACCAAUAGUAAUGUUAUUAGUACUGUGAAAGAGGAAAAUAAAGUUGUUAAGACUAAAAGGAAGAAGAAAAUAAACCGUAAAAAAGAGCCGUCGAAUAAUAAGAAAUCGGCAUCGGCUUAUGCUCAUUUUUUUAGAGAUAAACAAGCUCGAAUUAAAGAAGAAAAUAAAUCGGCUUCUUUUGGUGAGAUUUCAAAAAUUGUGGCCUCAGAAUGGGAAGCCUUGUCCAUUGAUGAGAAAGCGGUUUACAAACGGAAAGCAGAAGUGGCCAAGAAUGACCAAUUCAAGGACAUCGCUCUGUCUCACGCCAUGGCUGUUGCUGGAGCGAAAUUCAAUAAUAAUAAUACAAACAAUCAGCUUGACAAUAAUCAAACUAAUCAAAACAAUUUACAACAACAACAACAAUCAACACAACCACCGAUACAAUCAAUACAAUCAACUCAUCACCACAGCAACAACCACAACCACAACCACCACCACCACCACCACAACAACAACAACAACAACAACAACAACAUGAAGCCAAUUAUAAUUAUGUUCAAAUUAAUUAUCCCGAUAAUGUUGGAGUCACAAAUGAAAUGUUGUAUACAAAUGAAUCCAUUUAUCAAUAUUAAUUGUUUCAAACAGGACAGUUAAUGAAAUUGAUGAGUGGGGAUGAUAAUUGAAUAACGGGUACUAAUUCAACGAUAUGAUUGCAUGAAUGAAAUUGCGAGUGAAUAAAAUUGUAAUUAAUUUCUACAAUAAAGAUGAUCUGAGGUAUUGAUGGAUUAUAACAGUGGAUUAAA